AUGGCGAUUGUCAACAUGAUGUCUCUCCGCCAUCUAGUCGCCAUUGUGGCCGCACUGGCAUCAUCAUCGCCUGUCCAUGCGGCCGCCACUGUGCGUGAGCUAGGCCGGACUGUCGCGCUGGGAAACGCCAGCUAUUAUCUCCCCGGAGAGCCUGAGGUCGUUAUCCCAACAACAAAUCACCCGUUUAGGAAACCGGAAAACAAUGCGGCGUCGUUGCUCCCCGUCACGCAUGCGGUGCAGACCACAGACCUCUCUGUCCAGCAGGUCUUGGAUAAUUACGGCAAAUUAGAUGAUGUGUGGACACCUGACUUUGAAUCAUUCAUUCUGGUCAGCGGUGCCUUACCCAACAAGCCUCUCGCAGGAAACACCUUUUCGCUCAAGUCGUCGCCUCUAUCUGAGGUAGAAUCUCUCCCGCCGGGUCCGUAUUUUGCCCAAGUUACAGACUCGAGUGUCGCUUUCUUCCGCGCGUAUCGAGUCUAUGCCGACCCUGCCCGCGCUUUCUACUACGGCGUCCUGCAACAAAGCGAGCAUACGUUCGAGGUCCUGUCGUCAACGUCCCCUCUAACUAAUGGAGGGGCAACGGUUGCUGUUCCAAGCCGACUGUACUAUCCAGCGCCAACCAAGCAGAAGCCUCUAUCAGGUGUUCGAGUGGGGGUGAAAGACCUCUACGACCUGAAAGGACUCAAGACCGGGGCCGGAAAUCGCGCGUACUUCAAUUUCUACCCGGCCGCUGAUGACACUGCCGAGAGCAUCCAGCAUCUGAUCAGCCUGGGCGCCGUGGUUGUCGGCAAAACACGCACCAGUCAGUUUGCGAACGGCGAAACACCAACCGCCGACUGGGUUGAUUAUCAGGAUCCUUUCAAUGCGCGUGGCGACGGUUAUCAAGACCCUUCAUCCUCCUCAGCAGGUGCUGCUGCGGCGCAAUCCAACUACGACUGGAUUGACAUGAACGUCGGUUCUGAUACGGGCGGGUCGAUCCGUGCCCCAGCUGCGGUCAAUGGUGUUUUUGGCAACCGGCCAACUCAGGACAUUAUGUCACUGAAUGGCGUCGUCUCAAUGAGCUCGUAUAUGGACACUCCUGCCUUUGUUGCGCGAUCGGCUGCCGACUUUGCCUCGUGGGGGAAAGCUUGGUAUAGCGCCGGCAAUAUCUCUCUAAAGUCAUACACCAGGUUCCCAAACAAGCUCAUCUACCCUAUUGACACUCCGGGCAUCAAUACCACGGACUACCCAUCCCCGGGUUUCUUCCCAGUGACCAAUGAGCACGCCCAGGCUCUUUACAGCAACUUUACUCAGCAGCUGGAGGGUCUUCUCAAUACAAGCAAGACUGUCUUUGACUUUUACACCGAGUAUAAGAAGCACACCGGUGCCUAUCCCCUCGACUCGCUUGGUGCUGUGUGGGGCUUGAUGACUAGCUUCGAGCAGUUGCAAAACGUUGUCUCGCCCUUCAUAUCCGGUUACAAAGAAGCGAAUGGCGGUGAUCACCCAUAUUUGGACCCGCAAGUUGCGUUGAACAUGGACUUGGGCCGGAACACCACCAACGUGACUUUUGCUGAGGCUGUCGCCAACAAGACCACCUUUAAGAACUGGAUCGACGAGAAGGUUCUGAUUCCACGCCCUGAUGCGGCAGAGUGCUCGUCCGCAUUGCUGAUCCAUCCCAUCUGGGCCGGCGAGCCGAGCUACAGAGACAAGUACCCGACGGAAAGCCCAGAGGACGCGGGAGUGUCAUUUGUGUGGAACGAGUACGGCAUCAGUCAGCUAGCUGGUGUCCCCGAGGUGGUGAUUCCGCUUGGCCAGGUCAACUAUACCAGCAGGGUCACUCAGACGACGAAACAGCUGCCAGUCUCGGUGAGUAUCAAUGCUGCGGCUGGCUGUGACUUGAUGCUGUACGACCUCGUCGAGCUUCUUGCCAAUAAGAGUAUUAUUCCCAGCAAGGUAUUGACUGGGCAAAGUAUUCUCUGA